UGUUAGCUUUUGCGCCAGUAAGAAAAACGCCCGAUUUGUUCUCCGAUCCGUGGCUUUUCUCCAGCUUUUACAUCCGCACUAUCUUACAGCAUCUCCCUUUUUUUGACUAGGAUUCUUCGACCAGGACAGAAACCUGGAAACCGGGCGCAACCAAGCGCAUACAAUUCCAACCUCCAUUGCCAAUUAGUCACAUCAUAUCUUUCCAAUUCCCUGUCUUUCUUUGUCCGCAAGCCACAACGGCCAUGGCGAACUCAGAUAGUCCAACGAAACCGGUCCAUAUCCUCUUCGUUGGCGCUGGCGCAGUAGGCUGCUUCUACGCAUCCCGACUCCACUAUCCUUCGCACAACAUCCACACCUCCCUUAUUGCCCGAUCCAAUUACUCAGCUAUCGCCGCCUCUGGAGUCAUCUUGGAGACUCAUUCAUUCGGCGAUUAUACUUUUUCGCCCUAUGCCGUGUUUCCCUCCAUUGCACACGCCGUCCCGACCUCGUCGGCUACAACCAAUCUCGCACCUACACGGCAAUCCCCGAGAGAUGGUUGGGACUAUAUUAUAGUGACGACCAAAGCUCUCCCCGACCGAACCGACGACGCAGCUACAGUCGCACCGCUAGUCUCCGCCAAGACUUGUAUAGUGUUGAUACAAAAUGGCGUAGGUGUAGAGGAGCCAUACCGUAAGCGCUUUCCGCAAAAUCCGAUAGUGAGCGCUGUUACCGUCAUUAGCGCCGAGCAGAUCAGGAAUGGCGUCGUACGGCAGAACAGGUGGACGAGAAUUAGCCUGGGACCGUACGGCAGUGGACUCGGCACACCGCCUAGCCCGAACGACGAGCCAAGCGAUGUAGUGAAACAAGGACACCAACGCAUGGAUCAGUUAGCGCAGUGGUGGACUCGGUACGGUGGUAUCCGCGACGUCGAGACACACACUGAGCUCGAACUGCAGACUAUUCGAUGGCACAAGCUCUGUAUCAACGCCGCCUUCAACCCCACAGCCGUGCUAUCCGGCGGCCGCGGUAACGCCGACCAGCUGACCGAUCCUGAACUGCGCGAGCAUAUCCAGGGCGUCAUGAGUGAGAUCUGGAACGCCGCACCCAAGGUUCUGGGGAAACCCUUCCCAGAUAAUUUAGCCAAGCCUGAGAAGAUCAUCAGGAGCACUGAAAGAAACGCUGGCGCUAGGCCUAGCAUGCUACUCGAUUGGGAGGCUGGCCGACCUAUGGAGCUUGAAGUCAUACUUGGGAAUCCGAUUAGGAUUGCCAGGAGAGCCGGCGUGGAUAUGCCCAAGCUACAGACGCUGUAUGCGCUGCUGAGGAGCAUGCAGAAGGUCCGGGAGGAUCAAAAGGCCAAGGGAAAGUUAUAGGGGAAUUUUUACAAGGCGUAGCGUGUUUGUUUCUCAGCAGUCGUUAAGUGAAAUUCAGUAUCCAGAAACGUUGCUCCUAUACUCCUAAGUAGUAGCAUAACGUGCCUAGAUGAUUUUAGUAUACACUACAGUCAUGGUGGCAAAUUAUAGUAGCCUUCAUAGUAUCUAAAG